GAAAUCAUAUCUCCUCGACACUGUUACGAAACUUGGGAGGCCUAAAUGUAAAUAUAUAAUCCCUAAGCUCCAUUCCUACUAGUUUACUCUUCCGACUGACUGCUCCCCAAGACCUAUUUCAUUUCGAUCUUCAAUACUCCCUAGUAUGAUCACACCAUCAAUCGAAGCACCAUGAAAUCCAUUGUUGUUCUUCAUCAUCUCCUCUGUCUCCUUCUCCUAUUUUCACAUCUAAAAUCCGUUUCUUCGUGGAAAAAAGAAGAAUUCAGGAACUGUGAUCAAACCCCUUUCUGCAAAAGAGCUAGAUCACGAAAACCCCAACACUGUAAACUCAUUGCCACCGAUGUAGUAGUAGAUAACGGAGAUCUAACUGCAAAACUCAUAACCCCGAACAACUUUCAACAAAACCUUGAUGAAGAUUCAUCAGAAAUCGCAUCAAAACCCCUAAUCCUUUCUUUAUCUGUUUAUCAGAAUGGAAUUUUGCGGUUGAAGAUUGACGAAGACCCAUCUCAAAAUCCACCAAAGAAACGUUUUGAAGUGCCUGAUGUUGUUCUCCCUGAGUUCGAAAGCAAAAAACUUUGGUUACAGCGGCAUACUAAAGAGGUAAUUAAUGGGGAUUCUGCUGAUUCGUUUGUCGUUUAUUUGUAUGAUGGAUAUGAAGCUGUUCUUAGAAGCGAUCCAUUUGAGGUUUUUGUUAGGGAACAAGGUAGUGGUAACCGUGUAUUGUCCUUCAACUCUCACGGAUUGUUUGAUUUUGAGCAAUUAAGGGUUAAAAAAGAAGGGGACAAUUGGGAAGAAAGGUUUAGAAGUCACACCGAUUCUCGCCCAUAUGGCCCACAAUCCAUCAGCUUCGAUAUGUCAUUCUAUGGUGCGGAUUUCGUUUAUGGUAUCCCUGAACACGCCACUACCCUUUCUCUAAAACCCACAAAUGGACCUGGUGUUGAACAAUCUGAACCUUACAGAUUAUUCAAUCUAGAUGUUUUUGAGUAUAUAACCGAUUCACCAUUCGGUCUCUAUGGUUCAAUACCCUUUAUGCUUUCACAUGGGAAAUCACACGGGACUUCAGGGUUCUUCUGGUUAAACGCAGCUGAAAUGCAAAUUGACGUUCUUGCCCCUGGUUGGGAUACCGAAUCCUCCAUUUCCUUACCCUCCGACCAAAAAAGAAUUGACACAUUAUGGAUGUCAGAAGCUGGAAUCAUCGAUUCCUUCUUUUUCAUUGGACCAAAACCGAAAGAUGUAGCCAAACAAUACGCAAGUGUAACAGGAACAUCAGCAAUGCCUCAAUUAUUUGCAACAGGAUAUCAUCAAUGCAGAUGGAAUUAUAGAGAUGAAGAAGAUGUCAAGAAUGUAGAUUCAAAAUUCGAUGAACAUGAUAUCCCAUAUGAUGUUUUAUGGCUUGACAUUGAGCAUACGAAUGGAAAACGAUACUUCACAUGGGACAGAGUUCUUUUUCCAAACCCUGAAGAAAUGCAAAAAGACUUGGCUUCAAGAGGUAGGAAAAUGGUGACGAUUGUGGACCCACAUAUAAAGAGAGACGAGGGGUAUCAUAUACAUAAAGAGGCUUCUAAGAAUGGUUAUUAUGUGAAGGAUGCAACGGGUAAAGAUUAUGAUGGGUGGUGUUGGCCAGGGUCCUCUUCUUAUAUAGAUAUGGUGAAUCCAGAGAUAAGAUCAUGGUGGGCUGAUAAGUUUGCAUAUACAGAGUAUAGUGGUUCAACUCCUUCAUUGUAUAUUUGGAAUGAUAUGAAUGAGCCUUCUGUGUUUAAUGGACCUGAGGUGACAAUGCCUAGAGAUGCUUUACAUUAUGGAAAUAUUGAGCACAGAGAGUUGCAUAAUGCAUAUGGUUACUAUUUCCAUAUGGCUACAUCUGAUGGACUUUUGAAACGUGAAGGAGGAAAAGAUAGACCUUUUGUUUUAUCAAGAGCUUUUUUUCCUGGGACUCAGAGAUAUGGGACUGUUUGGACAGGGGAUAACACUGCAGAAUGGGAACAGCUUCGGGUUUCUGUUCCAAUGAUUUUGACACUUGGCAUUACAGGGAUAACAUUCUCAGGUGCUGAUGUUGGAGGGUUUUUUGGUAAUCCUGACACCGAGUUACUUGUUCGUUGGUAUCAAGUGGCAGCUUAUUUGCCCUUUUUUAGAGGACAUGCACAUCAUGAUACAAAAAGAAGAGAACCUUGGUUAUUCGGGGAUCGGAAUACCGAAUUGAUGAGGGAGGCUAUACGUGUAAGAUACACAUUGCUCCCGUAUUUCUACACACUUUUUAGAGAAGCAAAUGUGAGUGGGGUCCCUGUUGUUCGUCCUCUUUGGAUGGAAUUUCCCAAUGAUGAAGCCACUUUCAAUAAUGAUGAGGCGUUCAUGGUCGGAAACGCCCUUCUAGUUCAAGGAAUUUACACCGAGAAUGCAAAAGAUGCAAGUGUUUAUCUACCAGGGGAUGAAACUUGGUAUGAUCUUAGAAGUGGAACUGCAUAUAAAGGAGGAAAGACUCAAAAGGUGGAAGCAUCGGGUGCGAUUCCGGUGUUUCAAAGGUCCGGAACCAUAAUUCCAAGGAAAGACAGAUUCCGUAGAAGCACAGUACAAAUGGAGAAUGAUCCUUACACUCUGGUGAUUGCUCUUGAUAGUUCAGGAGAGGCUGAAGGCGAGCUUUACAUAGAUGAUGGAAAGAGCUACGACUUCAAAAACGGUGCAUACAUUCAUCGCCGUUUUCUAUUCUCCAAUGGGAAACUUACAUCUGUAAACUUAGCCACAUCAGCAUCAGUGGGGCCCACGUUCUUGUCUGAUUGCACCAUUGAAAGGAUCAUAUUGCUCGGGCAGACAUCCAAACCGAAAAGUGCGCGUAUUGAGCCGGCUAACCGUGUGACCGAAGUUGAACUCGGUCCGAUUCAGACUCGAACCGGGGUUCGACCAUCGGUUUUGACCAUCCGUAAACCUAAUGUGAAAGUUUCGGAGGAUUGGAGUAUACAGCUUUUGUAGGUUUUGAGGAAAUAUUUGUGGGUGAGUUCCCGGAGGAAUGUAGUGGUAGAGGGGUUGCCGGGAAACACCCGUUGCCGCCUUGAAAUUUGUAGUGACUGAGAAAGGGCUCAUUUACUGAUUGAACAUGAGGAUCGUUAAAAUUGAGGAUCUUGUAAUAGCUUAAAAAAGGUUUAAUGGUCUUUUGUGGUUGCUUUUGUUAAAUGUGGUUUAUGGGUUCAUUGGUU